AUGACGGCUCUCACUAUCGGACUGCCAAAAAUAUACGCUGCAGAGGGCGCCAAAUGCGUCCCGCCAACCAAUGACUUCAUCAUAGGAACCUGGCACGUCACCCACUCCAGCCUCCCACUCUGGAAAGGCAAACGCAACGUCAACAUCACCUACAAGCUCCUCCCCGAGGAUUCAGGAGUCCAAAAAAUAGACGACCUAGUUCAAUAUCAAGCUGUCAACUCCGACAAAGUCAAAUCCGUUCAUGGAGUGGAUACCCCGACGCCAGGCAAUCCCGGUGCUUGGGAUUGGCGCGGCAAAGGCUGGUUGAUGAUUGCCAGCUCGCACUGGGAGUGUCUAGGCUUUGGCCAUACCGAUGAUGGAAAUUGUUGGAUUGUGACUUAUUUUGCCAAGACGCUCUUCACCCCUGCUGGUAUCGACAUUUACUCCCGCAAUAAGGAGGGUCUUCCUAAGGAGAUUGUUGAUAAGAUUCUUGAGACUCUGAAGGGGCUUGGGGUUGGAGAUAUUACUGAACUUGCAAAUGGGGCUUUCCAAAUUCCGCAAAACUAG